AAACACGUCCUGUGUGAAAAGGUCUUUAAGUUAAAUAUGUUGAAAAGCCCAGCAGCCGAACCCACAACAUUCGCAGUGGUUGGUAAAGGGAGGCAGGCGCUCUCUGACAGCGCGUGAAGGAGGCGUAUCAUUCCUCUCAGUCAUGAGGUUCCUCCGCUCGGGAGUGUUUUUAAUCAUCCGUGGGGAUCAGCAGCUUUAAGAAGAAGAAAGAAGCCUUCAGAGAAACUUUUCACUCAGUUUGGACACCCGGACCGUUGAAACGAGACUUCACCCGCGCGUCGAAUAAGUUCAAGAUUUUCCACGUUCGAGUCCUGAAGCGUUCCUCACAAAUGUGCGCUUUAAUUCCUGAGCUGCGCGUUUGAGCGCUUGUCGCUCGACAGCGCGCCGUGAUCCGGAGGGAUGAUGUGGGGGCCAAACGCGCAUUCCCAAUGGUACGUGUCUUGACUCUGUCCAGGAACGUUUGUGCAGAAGUGGGAAUGCUUUUCCGUGGGAUCUGGGCGCUCCGCCGGAGGUGCUGCACUGGUCCCCUUCUGCUGCUGGGGAUAGCGGUCGGGCUGUUUUAUCACACUGUGUCUAUGCACCGGGACAGAACUGAGUUCAAGUCCAAUCAACGGGACCAAAGGAACAAAUCUGCGGUGUUUGAUUAUAAACUACUCCUCAAGAACCCAGAGAGACUCGUAUCUCUACUAGAAGCAUCACAGGCAGACAGUUUUGUGCGUCAUUCUAAGCGCAGCUGUGCUGGAAAAGCCAUUAUUCUGACAGGCCAACAUGCUCCGACGGACACCGAGGUCCAGUUGUACCAGAGAGUCCUACAGCAGCAGGGGUAUAGAGUGGAUCAGGCCCGUUAUGCAGAGACCAGCGCCUCACUCAGACAGGACAGGAGAGAUGGAAGAGACUGGUCCGUCUUGAUAUGCCUAAAGGGCUCUGAAAAAAGUUGCCUGCGAAAAAUCAACUUCGCCCAUCCGCAGCGCCGCCAGAGGGUUAACAUAAUACCAGCCUUUGCCGGAGCAUUUCUGGACAUGGGCGGAGUCUGCCGGUUUUUGACUGACAGCCAGCUGACAGGAGUGACAUUACCAAUACUUCCUUCUGCCUGUGCUUUUUCCACAUCUCCACAAGAGGGAACCCCAAAUGCUGCUGAAGAUGAACGGAGGCAGCCAAUCACACACAACCGCUCGGCCAAUCAGGACCUGAAUGCCACCGUAAACGUAUACGUCCUGGUUACCUCGGCAACACCGCUGACCGCUUUUGUCCACCGCACAGCCUUGGUCAAAACCCACUUGGAUAAAACUAGUUAUGCCACCGAGUUACAGGUGUUCUUUAGAGAAAGACUGGGUGCUGAUCUCUCUCAUCGGGCCGUUGAGCACAUGAAUCGCGUCAUCAGUGACAUCCUAAAGGCUGCUCUAUUAAGCACAAAGGAGAGCAGCUACACGCCCAGGUGUCAGCUUUGUUUUCAGUUGAUGACCUUCUCACUGCGCUAUAACUCUUCUCUUCAUCCAGUAGUGGUGAAGCUUCAGACUGAUCUACACUUUGAUGGAAUGAAGGACCCUCUCUUUGACGGACAGAUAGCCAAAGAGUAUAUGCUGGAGGAUGUGCUGAAACUGCUUUUCCCAGCAUGCAGCAGCGAGCCCGUGGAGCAGGAAGAUAAUAAAAAUUACGGUGACUGUGAAGGGCCAAACGGUCUGUGUCUGCCUCCAGAUGAGAUGAAUUUAUUGCAACAGUUCAAUCAGCACCUCAAGAGACCAGGACCCUUUCAGCUGCUCUACCCUAUAUCUCCUCUUCCUGAUGAUCUCCACCAUGAUCUAAUCCAGACAGAGUCCCUCAGCGCACAGGAUUAUGGAUGGAGACCAGCUCUCAUGGCCUUGCUCCAAGAGCUCAGCCUUUACUACACGAGAAAACAUCAGACCGAGAGUUUGGACAACCCAAAGAGCCCAGAGGCUUCAGACCCGCUGUCAAGAAAAGGGAGGUGUGUUGAUCCCCACCUGAGGCAGUUGUACACAGACCCUCCUUUGGUGCUGAUGCCAGCAUUUAACGCGCUUGAGAAGGAAUAUCGCGCCGAGGUUCCGUUUGAUGUGAUCACUGUUCGAAUCUGGCCAGAACCAGUCAGCCCACACUGCCACAUUCACCUGGACGAACACCGUGGACCCAGGAUGGCUAACUACCCGGUUGGCCUGGGCAACAGCAGAAUCAACAUUCUGGUAAUGGACGAAUCAGAGGCAGAGCCUGUCGUCAUGACGAUAUACACUCUGCACAUAUACCGUGAAAGCAGGCCCAGUCUGCCAAUGUUUGAUGAGUAUGUGAUGUGCAGCUUUGUGCAGGACUGUGGCCUGGUGGUCAGACCCGAUCAGCCCUGCGGUUUGGAGCCCAUUCCAGGGAUGAGAUCUUCAGAAGAGGCCCAGGCCUCACCUCGGCUUUGCCUCUCAGGAGAUGAACCUGGCCGUUGGGUCGUCCCAUGCCUGAGCUGUUCUGACAACAGGACCUGUGAUUGGAGAGAGGUCGCCUGGCAACCCGACAGCUGUUAUCACCCUUUACUGGACCAACCUCAGCUGCAAACCUGCAUGACGGACCGAAGGGUCCUGUUUAUCGGCGACUCCACUAAUCGAGGGAUGAUGUACUAUCUAAUGGAGAGGGUGAACACUACUCUGGAGGACUGGGACAAGGCUCACGACACCAUCGUCUACCACAACCUGAAUCAGGGCCGAACUAUCGUCAGCUACUCCUACUACCCACAAUUCUGGCUGCCGAAGGCUCAGAGACCAACUUUCCAAAGAGCUCUGCAGCAGCUUCUAGAAAGGUCACAACCCCUGGAGAACUCACCUCAGACAGUGCUGGUCGCUGGUGGGGUGCAGUGGCUGAACAUGAACCAUUUGAAGACCAUUCAGCAGGUUUUAGAGAGGGAGGGUCUUGAGAAAAUCAUGGUGGUGGUGAAGUCUUUAGGAAUGGGUUUCCAUCUGCCUGUGGAUGGUAUUCGCUCUCUUCCACUGAAUGGAGUGCAAGAACUCUAUAAUGUGAACAAAAAUAUUCUGGAAAGUGCCAAGCAUCUUGGAUAUGAGGUCAUUGACACUCUCAGCAUUACCAUGGGCCGUUAUAAGGAGUUCCUGCAAGGACGAUGUGCCUGCCAUUUCCAUGAGGUCUAUAAGCUUCCCUUUCCAACCGCUGCUUCGCAAAGAAAGCUAAAGAUUUUGAGGCUCGGUGGAGAAAGCAGGAACCCAGCCGAUGAGCAAACAGGGCCUCGAGAGCCCAAGGAACCGUCGUCUCAGCCCGGCGUGUCCUACCACGUAAAGGGACCAGUGAACGCGGUGUAUUCAGAGAUCCUUCUCAGCAGGAUGUGUGUGAAUCAUGCCGUCAACGGGACCAUUCGCCAACAGUGACUAACAGAUAAUUAGCGGCUGGUGACGCUAACCUGUGCGUGUCUUUCAGGUGUGUGUCUGUAAGUCUAGCUGUGAAUAUGUGUUAAGAAAUCUGCGUAAAAAGGGCUAAAGUGUGCACGCCGAUUGCUCCGAAUCUACUUAACCAUAUGCUGGAUCAAAGAGGUAAAUUGGAGGAGGAGUUAGGUAGGUGUUUGUUUGCGCAUGUGUGUUUUUGUGUAGAGCGAUCCAGAUGGAUAAAGGGUGUGAGGGGGUUCAGUGAGACCCCCUGAAUCCCUGCCAAAAUGACUUUGGCAGCUGCAGCUUAAGGGAAGGCAGUGGCCACUGAUGAAAAAUAACCGAGACGGUCGCGCUCCCCCCUUCAAAGGGCCUUGCGAAAAACUUUCCUGCAACGCUCAUGCAACGUUCCCACAAUGCUGCUACCGCUUAGCCAUGGGCUGAGAUGUUCCCAGUAUGUUUUGGGAACGUUUGGCAGCUGCUGUGGAGUGCCUUUGAUGUCAUCCUGCCUCACAUUGUCACUUUUAUGGAAGCUCGGGCAACAUUUUGAAGUCUAGCUUUACACCGCCUUUCCUUCACAUGCCAGGUUCACAAGUAUUUAUGAAGUAUUUUCUAUGCCAAAGGUCUUAUGAAGUAUAUUGUAUUGUACUGUCUUAUGUUUCUCACACAUUUAUUUUUCUACCAGUGUCUUCCAGUGCCUUUAAUAAUAAUCUGUGUAAAGUGUUAUAAAAGCUGUUUACAAAAAAAGAGGAUAUUUAUACUGUUACAUUUAUACUUGUUGCUGGGUUUACUCUAAAUUGCUGGAAUGCAGGAUGUUUUAUGUGUCCAUAAUUUACGUUAAACAGGAUGUCGUUUGUGGAGAGAGAAAAUUAGUAGGAUUAUUUGAAAUAUCCCAUAAAAUGUAUCUUCCCACCAGUUGUUAAGCUGAGCUCAGUAUGGGCACAGACACUAUUUCCACUUGAAGUGAAAUGAAACCAUGUGUUGACCUGUAAAUAUUCCACAGCAAGUGAUAACUCUCUUUUUAAUGUCAGAAUUUAUUGUCAAAGGUUUUGGAUGUUUAUGAAGAGCUAUUCCAAGAUAUUUGUCUGUGCCUGUGCAUGAAAUGUAUGAUUCCAACAAUCAUUAUGAAUGUCACUUAUCCUGAACAAUUAAAAAUUUAUAUUUUCGUAAUUUAAAAAAA